AUGAUGACAUGGAGGCAGGAUGCAGAUGAAUUGUCUCAGAUCAGCGGGAAACGUCGACUGUCCGGGCGCAUACAUAUCAUCGGACUAGGAAAUGUCGGCUUAUUCGUGGCUCACUCUCUGGCGAGUCGACCGUCUCCGCCACCCGUUACACUCAUGCUGCACAACCCAGGCCUCUACAAGACCUGGCUGAAAAGGAAGAAGUGCCUGUCACUUGGCUCCAACGGCCUCGACGACGUGAAAACGGGCUUCGACAUCGACGUUCUAGGCGACAAGUCCUGGCUUUCCAUACCCUACUGGAAGGAGGACGGUACACCGAACGAGAGUAUCGAAGGCGAGGAGGAUAAUGUCGAAGGGACACUGGCCCAGUCAGCCGGGGCCGAUGACCCUAUUGAAUGUUUAAUUGUGGCCGCCAAGGCCCCGGUGACCAGAAAGACUCUGGAGUCUGUCCGUCACCGUCUGACGCCCGAUUCCACGGUUCUGUUUCUCCAGAACGGCAUGGGCGUCAUCGACGAGAUCAAUAAGACGGUCUUUACGGAACCGCACACUCGCCCUCACUACGUGCAGGGCAUCGUUUCUCACGGCCUGGCGCGGCGCAACCCGAAUCGUUUCUCAGUCACGCAUACCGGCGUGGGCACAACUGUCUUGGGCGUGGUGCCGCCGGCUGGCACCGUCCCUCACGACAAGGAGACCGACGCGGACUGGGCGCCGAGUACCAAAUAUCUUCUGCGCAUCUUGACCCUGACGCCGCCGCUUGUUGCGAUCGCCGAGACCCCGUCCGCCCUCUUGCUCUAUCAACUCGAGAAGGUCGCGAUGAACUCGGUGAUCAACCCCCUAACGGCUGUGAUGAACUGCGAAAACGGCGAACUUCUCUACAACUACAGCUACACCCGUAUCAUGCGCCUGCUUCUGAUGGAGAUCUCCGGCGUGAUCUGCGCGCUGCCGGAAUUGCAGGGCAUCCCCGGGAUUGAAACCCGGUUCUCCCCCGAACGGCUGCGCUGGAUGGUGACGCAGCUGGCUAACCGAACGGCCCAUAACCAUAGCUCCAUGCUACAGGAUGUCCGAAAUGGGAAGACGACCGAGAUUGAGUACAUGAACGGGUACAUCGUGCGCAGGGGGGAGGAGCUGGGCGUGAAGUGCGUGGUGAAUUAUAUGAUGAAGCACUUGGUGCUGGCCAAGAAGGAAAGCACCACGCAGAGAGAGUGGGGUGCUGUUCCGGUGGUCGAUGCCACCUAA